AUGCAUCGAAUCCCUAUACAGUUUCGACUCCGCCAAUCCACAUAUACUCGAUACAUCAGGACACUCACACGACACAGAUCUCUAUAUAAUGCAGAAUUGGCACUAGAACCUACGAGAAUACACGAAAAGGAUGCUAGGCUGAUUUCUGGCCAAGAAGCUGGGGGUGGGCCGAGACAGCAUAAUCUUCAACAAGAGACUGCACAGUGGCCGCCAAAAUCCGAAUUACCCUUCCCGCUGGGCAUUCGCCUGCGUGGAAGCAAAAAAGAUACCCCCUCGGGCCAGAAGUCUGAUUUGGAAGCCAUAUACUUUUGGGAGUGUCACAUUUUAUCGAGCCGUCAGGAUCGCGGAGACCAAGGAACAUGGGAGACGCUUCUGGAGCUCCGGGACAGAGAUCAAUCUUAUCUCUUAACCAAAACUGGAGCUUUUUUUCUGCGUGAUAACAUCUUGGAGGCAGCGUUGGCAAACUCUGACCGGAUGGAAGAGCUUUUCAAGGUCGCAGGACAACUGCUAGAAACUCACGACUUCAAUUGGCCUGAACUAUACCUGAAAGUGAUUCAUUUCUAUUUAGCUCACGCUGAUUAUGAGAAUGCAUUGGCCUGGCAUUUCAAACUCAUGCCCUUGUUCCGUCCUGAGUUGGAUAGCUUCGGUGCUCUGCUGGCAAGUUGUGCCAUCGACUUCACUCCCAAGCUCCAGAGUACUUUGACCAAGAUAUACGUUUUCAGUCCAUACCGUGAGUUGUACGACUAUGUUGUGCCGGCUCUCUUUGAAAGUGGCCAGUCACAUGCCGCGCGUGUCUGGAGAAAAAGGUUCAAUCUUUUCAAUGACCAUCCCAAUUCACCCAAGUCCAUUCCUUUCUUGGAUUUCUUUUCUCGCUAUUUUCCCGCAAUCCAGCUCACGAAGGAAGAGCUGGCGGUACUCAAUGGAGACACCAGCAUUGGUGAUGGCGUUCGUACCGAUGUACAAAAGGAUACCCAGUUGGAAACAAACAGUAGUUUUUUCAGCGACAGGUUUACAGCACGAUGGUUGGCCAGCUCUUGGACUUCUCCAGAGUUUGCGAUCAACCUGAUGCAUAAGAUUGGCCUCCGCACAAUUAGCUAUCAUUCGCUGCAAUCCAUUGCGCUGAGAGAAGAUGACGCUCGCGGAGUUGCUGAUCGGCUGACACAGCUCCGAAAGUUAGGGAUCGGAAUAAGAUCUGGAGCCUAUUGCGAUGCAAUCAUCUCCUUCGCGGAACGAGGUGAGGACGACUUGCUCAGAACCCUUCUACACUGCGAUAUACACCCAGAAGAGUUUGGGAAUCCGGAGACGCGGUCAAUGCUACUUGCAUCUUCCGCUCAACGACAAGAUUGGGGAUUGGAGCGAUUACUCCAAGAGGUUGAAGGCGUGACAGCUACUCCAGGGCCAAGUAAGGACAGCAUCAUAUACAAGGAUCUCAAUAAGCACCUGAGUAUGGCCCUGUCCAUGAAGCGUUUUGCGAAAGUCAGAAAUGUUGUCGAUAAGAUGGAAAGCUUGGAUGUAAGCAUGGAGCGGGAGAACUCGAAAGCACUCCUAAACCAUAUCUUCGAAGAUAUAGGUUACCAUCCAAAGCUCAACAGACCACAGCUGCUUGACCGAGCUAUUCACCUCUCGUUGAGAGUGGCACGACAUGGGGUUGCCGUUCCUGUUCGAUACUGGCAGAUAUUGCUCUAUAACCUCGGACGCCUGGGACGCUUCAAUGAUCUAGAAGGCCUAAGUUAUGGGAUAUGUGAACUCUAUAGGCCUGAGCCAGGGGGGUUGAUACCCGUGCAUCGGCAGGACCAGCCACCCAACCCUAAUAUAAAAGCCGAAGAGUUGGACAGUGAGUCAGAGACCUGGUCUGAAUACUAUUCCUUCGCCGAUGGGAAGAAGAAAAGGAGCCAUUUUAAGGAGGAGUUCUGGAGAGCCGAAAUAGGCCCAUGCCAUAACGAGACAAAUCCAAAGCAGAAACAUCACAAACGUUCGAAGAAUCGAAACGAUCCCAACCACGAACUCCGCAUACCAGCAGAUCUGCCAUUCACGAACAGACAGCACCCCAUACAGAAGAUUUUCGAUGUCAGUCUACAGCGCUCCAUCAUUCGAUGGGGCUUUGAUCAGAACUUGGCGCAACGGCCUAUCCCACCUUCUCUCGUAAAUGUCAAGCCAGUGGGCAUCGCAGACUUUGACUUGGCUUGUGGUGUUCGCUUGCUGGCUGUGCUGAGAGACAAGGGCGUCUACGUUGAUCCCCAAAUAGUGCGAAGUACAGUGAUAUAUCGUCUCGCGGUGGCUCAAUUGCCCAUGAGACCCAGGGCUAGGGAGAGAGAUGAUAGAGAGCUCUCUCCAGCGAACAUGAAGCAACUGGUGGAAGGCGCCUGGGGCUCUCAGAUUCUCCCCAGUGAGGCGCAAUUGGCGUCGGAGAUCGAGAAGCAAAAACCUAAGUUAUGGAAGAGCUAUCCUAGGCUUUUUGAAAAAAGUUAUGAUAACGAUGAUUGCAUUUCUUCUGAACCACACGCCACGAGUACCAAAGAGAAAGGCUGGUUCUAA